AGCUUUGUACAAAUACAUACUUGAAAUCAUAAGGCAUUAAGCUAAUCAAUUUCACCCUUAAAUUUUUCCCAUGAGAAAAACGUAUUUAAUCUCGGUUCACCAAGUCACUUGCUCACAAAUAAGUUUCUUCACAAGUUGUAAGAGUAUAAUAAUUUUCAAAAAUGUGGCUGAUUUCCAUAACACUACUCUUCGCCACACUUUGGCUGCUACGAUAUUUCUUCAAGAAUCACAAUUCCGCAAAAUUAACGUACUGGAAAAAACAAGGAUGGCCCAUUCUCGAAGAAACCAUUUCCGGCUGGGACGUAUUCACGGGAAAGGGAAACGUGUCUGACUCGGAUGUCGAGUACUACAAGGAGUUGGAGCGUCAAAAAGAGCCGUGCGGUGUGGUGACAGAAUUGGGAACGCCCAUCGUCGUCGUUAGAGACUUGGAUCUCGUAAAAGAUAUUUUUAUCAAGGAUUUUGAUCACUUCACGGAUCGACGAGCAUUUGGCGAUGUCGAUAGAAUCUUUAAGGAUGGCUUAUUCGGUUUGGAGGGGCGACCAUGGAAAAAUAUGAGGACCUUUUUAAGCCCGACAUUUACUUCGGGAAGGAUUCGUAAAAUGUUUUGUCAUUUUGAAAAGAGUGCCAACAACUUGACAAAGUUCAUUAAAAGCCACCACCUCUCCAAAAAUGCGACCCACUUCGACAUCCCCGUGGUCUACACGAUGCGAAAAUUUUCCAUGCAAGUCAUCACAUCAGCCGCGUUCGGACUGAAGGUGGACUCGUUUCAGGAUAACGACGUCGUCCCCAUGGCAGAACGAAUCUUUGUGUUUCCGAUCUGGCAAAAAAUACAGAUGCUUAUUUCCCAACAAUUUCCGAAACUGUCGAGUUUCUUAAAAUUAAAGAUAUUUGAUUUUGAAGCGGCCGACUUUUUCUGGGGACUAAUUUCCUCAGCGUUAAAAACUAGGAAAGAAAAUGGGGUCAAGGGGAAUAAAAUACGUGGAUGGUUUCACAUUUACCUAUUUAGACUAAUUAUCAUUGCAGAGGUGCUGCGACUGUAUCCAUCCGUGGCGAGGCUGGACCGAAUUUGCAAUAAUGACUACGCCUUACCGGAAACGAAAAAUGGUGGAAAACGACGAAUAAUCCGGAAGGGAACUGUGAUAGCCGUGCCAGCUGAUGCAUUUCACAAAGAUGAGCAAUAUUUCCCAAAUCCGUUCAAGUUUGACCCGACCCGAUUCAAUCAGGAAAAUAAAGCCAAGAGGAACCCUUACGCUUACAUGCCGUUCGGAAUCGGUCCUCGAAGUUGUAUUGGGAUGAGGUUUGCUAUUGUGGAGACGAAAGUCGCGUUGGCAUAUAUUGUGCGAAAUUUCACAAUAAGACCGACAGCAGGGACCCCAAUACCGGAGAAAAUGGAAAAGGACAUUCUGGGUUACAAAGUUGCAUCGAAUGUCAAUCUUCAAUUCGUACCGAGAAAAUAAUUAUUUUAUGUCAGGCAGUUUUAAUAUCGAACUUAAAUUAGUCAGCGAUUUGAUUUUCGUCGUAAUCGUCAACAAUAAUGUUAAUAUUUAUAAUUUAUGUGAUACUUAAUGAUUAUAAUUUACUGAAAAGUCGAUUUAAAAAACAUUAGCUUGUAUUAUUUAUAUUGAUAAAUUUUCUCAAUAAAUAAUGGGCGUAUGUACGCACAACAACCUUUGCA